AUGCUGCGGGUUUGCCGGCGCGUGGGGGCGGCUGCUGCUGCAGUGGCGGCGGUGGCAGCAGCGAAUUCAAGUUUUGCUGCGGGCGGAGCAGCGGAAGAGUGGGCGGGCGGGGCGUCUUCGGGUCUGCGGCUGUCAGAAGCGUUCCCAACAGCAGCAACAGCCGCUGCUGCGUCUUCUGCUGCUGCUGCUGCAGCAGCAGCAGCAGGAGCGCCGGAAAGCGCGCGUUUCUCGCCGGAGGAGCAGCAAGUGGCGGAGGUGCAGGCGCUGGACGAAAGCGACUUGAAGCUGCGGCUGAGGGCUUUGUACUCCACUUCAAAAGACCUGGAAAUGAAGCAAAUUUUCCCAGAAGGAAGUCUGGAAGGCAUGCAAGAAGUGCUGAACGAGCUGAGCAGCGUGGACGAGCAGCAGCGGGAUGUUGAACAGUACCUGCACAGGUUCGCGCUGCUGCUGGCGGAGUGUCUGUACAGGUACGGGGACUUUUUCAAAUUGAAAGUGGCUUUGGGAGAUCCGAAUUUGAAAGGAGAAGCUUACCGGCAGCAGCAGCAGCAGCUGCCGCUGCUGGCAGCAAAGUGGACUGCAGCAAGCCGGCUGCUGGUGGCGUACCUGCGGCUGGGCGCGCGGGACCUGCGCGACAAGUGGGGAGCAGCAGCAGCAGCAGACCGGCAGCAGCAGGAGCUGCUGCAGUUCUUCGAGCGGCUUGCUGCAGUCUACGAGCAGCAGCAGCAGCUGUUUCGCUGCGGCUACGCCCUCGCCGAGCUGCGCUACCUGCAGCAGCAGCACGCUGCAGCAGACCUUGCUGCUCUCGUCUCCGACAAAAGACAAAAAGCUGCUCUUUUGGACUUCGAAACUUCUCUUGAAUCCCUCAAAGAGGCCACUCAUUUGGCCAGAAAGGCAGCAGCAAAACCGCAGAAAGCGGGGCUGUUUCACCGCAACUUUUUGCUGCUGCUGCCGUUUCCCCCGGACAAGCAGCGCGAGGCCGACGACCUCCCGCCCCCCGAAGACGACGAGAUGUGA